AUGGAAAGAGACACAAAGUUUACACGAAGGAGUCUAUUGAGUAUCAUGAGUUCGGUGUAUGACCCAUUAGGUAUUGUUGCGCCAUUUGUUCUUCAGGCAAAGAAGAUUUUUCAAUCAGAAUCUAAGAUGAAUAAAGGCUGGGAUGAUGACAUGGAGGCAAGGAUUAAACAUUCUUGGCUAAAAUGGUUACAGGAACUGCCAAAACUUCAGGAACUGAAGGUAGAUCGAUGUAUUUUGCCAGUGAACUUUGGUUGCAAUGUGAAGCUGGAGUUACAUCAUUUUUAUGAUGCGUCACAGGAGGCUUACAGAGCUGUAUCGUUCAUCAGAGCUUUGAAUGAGGAUGGCGAAAUUCAUUGCGCAUUUGUUACUGGAAAGUCUAAAUUGGCGCCGACAAAACAAAUGUAUAUUCCUAGACUAGAACUAUCAGCCGCAGUGAUAGCAGUGAAACCUAGUAGCAUUUUGAACGAGGAGUUGAAUCUUGACAUCUCCAGAAAUGUAUUGUGGACAGAAAGCAUGAUAGUAUUACAAUAUAUCAAGAACAAGGACAAGAUAUUCCAUACUUUUGUCACGAACCGUAUCGCUAUUAUACAUGAUGGAUCUACUCUGGAUUGCUGGAGAUAUAUCGAUACAAAAUUGAAUACUGCGGAUGAUGCUUCUAGGGGAUUUCACGUAUUGGAGAUGGUUUCUCGACAACGUUGGUUACAGGGUCCGAUAUUUUUACGUGAUAGUGAGGACGACUGGCCGAAAUCGCCUACAGAUUAUCAGGAUUCUUUGACUGAUGACAAGAAAGUUAAAGCAACUGUACAAUUAUACACUGCUGAAUCCGAAUCUGAAAAUGAAUUGGUCAACAAGCUAUUGGCUUACCACUCAUCUUGGUAUCGGUUAAAAGGGGCAAUCGCCUGGCUACUUAAGUACAAGGACUGGGUUAGGAAGCGUACCGUAUCGAUAACACUUGAUUCGGAUGACAUGAUCAGAUCAGAGAAAGCAAUUAUUGCGUACGUUCAAAGGACAGAUUUUGGAAAUGAAAUGGAGACUCUGAAAGCGCAUCAUGGAAAAGUUAGCAAGAAAAGCGUGCUUUACAAUUUGGAACCAGUUAUUGAUGACGACGGUUUUCUCCAUGUUGGAGGAAGAUUGCUUAAUGCACCAAUUUCUGAGGAAGCGAAACAUCCACUUAUACUUCCUAAGGAUCAUCAUAUUUCUAAACUGAUCGUUCGCAACAUUUAUGAAAUUGAAACUAGACAUUCUGGAAGGGAAUAUGUACUUUCAGUUAUCAGACAGAAAUACUAG